AUCUACUCCAUGAACACGGAUCUGGUGCUGUCCAUAAUCUUGCUCCUGAACACCCACAGCUGAGAUGUCCUGCCAGCAGAGCCAACAGCAGUGCCAGCCCCCUCCCAAGUGCACCCCCAAGUGCCCUCCCAAAUGCCAGACUCCAAAGUGCCCUCCCAAAUGUCCCCCUAAAUGUCCUCCCAAGUGUCCCCCUGUGUCUUCCUGCUGUAGCCUGGGUUCUGGGGGUUGCUGUGGCUCCAGCUCUGGUGGCUGCUGCAGCUCUGGUGGCUGCUGCAGCUCUGGGGGUGGAGGCUGCUGCCUGAGCCACCACAGACCCCGCAGAUCUCUCCGUCGCCAUCGCCACAGCUCUGGAUGCUGUAGCAGUGGUGGCAGCAGUGGCUGCUGUGGCAGCAGUGGUGGCAGCAGUGGCUGCUGUGGAAGCAGUGGUGGCAGCAGUGGCUGCUGUGGCAGCAGUGGCAGUAGCAGUGGCUGCUGUGGCAGUAGCCAGCAGUCUGGAGACUGCUGUUGACCUGGGUGAAGAAGACUUCAGACAAGUGGUGCAGGAGGAGCACAUGCUCAGAAGAUUCUCCCGUGCCUGCUGGUCUCUCUCCUCCUGCGUCCUUCAAUUCUCUGCCCUCUGAGAGGCUGAAGCUCGUGGGAAAUGUUCUACAUUAUGUCAAGAGAUAACAUUGCCCCUUUGCCCAUUUGUUAAGAAUUAAAAAAAA